AUGGAUGCCACUUUGAGCAGAACCAGACCGAUCAUCCAAGGGUCUUGGGGGUACAAGACAGCCAUAACCAUUCUAGAGUUCAAAACUAGUUGCUGGGAAAAGUCUGCAUCUCCCAGGGAGCAUGAUGUCCGGCCCUCCCCUCCCUUCUCCUGGCUUCUGGCCUUGCAGAAUGAGCCCUGGGAACUGGAAAACCCCGUGCUGGCCCAGACACUGGUGGAGGCAUUCCAGCUGGAUCCCAAACCGCUGGCCAGUGACGGGGAGACCCAGGCAUAUGCUGCCAAUGUAGCCUUUGCUUCUAGCCCAGCUGCAUGUGUUGCUACAGCUACUGCCUUGUUCAGAAUGGCUGUCUUCAGCAGGAAUGGCCAAAGGGCUGAGUAUCUGAGGCCUCUGCUCAGAUCAGGUGCAUUUAACAAGUAUGACCCACAUUCCACAGACAUGAUGAAAGACGUCAUCAAAGAAUACAGUGAACAUUUGCCUAAGGCCAUUGCAAGACCUACCUACACUCUGGAAAAGCUGGGGGUAGAACUUCAGAAUUUGCCUGAAGGAAAUAAACAAGAAAUAACAUUCAUUCCUGUCUACACAAGGAAUUCUUCUGCUGCCUUCCGGGAUAGUAAGGAAGGGAAAGGGAAUGCUGCAGUCUUGUCCAUGCCUGUAUGCUCUAAGGAAAAUAGGAGUCCAGGACUCAAGGACCCAAUCAGCAAGAUUAGGGUCCUGAGGUUCAUUGCCCAGCACCAGAACCAGUAUCCUAAGAAACGGAAGGCUCAUUUCUUGGAGGCAGUGGAUGGUGCUUUCCAGAAUAUGGAUGUGGAUAUGACUGAGGAACAUGCCAGGGCCCAGAUGAGGACCCAGAUUAAGCUUUUUUUGGGGGGAGGAGGGGAUGAAGCCUUUAUUGGACAGUAGAGCUGGGACAACUAGGAAGAGCUGCUGGCCCGAGAUGAGGGAGAUUUCAAUGAUGCUUGGGCUAGGAUCUCUUUUGCAUUCUGGGCCAGGUAUCAGCAGUGCACACUAAAUAGCCACUGCACGAAUGGGAGAGCCGCAUGGAAGGCUGAUAGCAGCAGCAGCACAGAAGGUGAGGCAGGCACCAACAUCCUAGAUAACCUCAGCAUCUGCUGCACCAUCUGGAUCAGAGAUGCCACCAGAGAUGGCGCCAGUUUCUCCUAUAAUCCAAUAAGAUCAUCAAAGUACACAAGCCUCUAUUACGGGGAGAAAAAUGGGGCCCUGCACAUUUCCACCCUGCCCUCCCAUCACUGCUUGGUGGAGGCACAUAAGAAGGUACAGAGAUCUGAGAUGAAUGUCUACAUGUGCAUACUGCAUCACGGUGCCUUGCAGACCUCUUCCCUGACUCCCACUCUUGCCAAUAGUGGCUUAUACCCCCCCAAACAAUAA